AUGAGCGGUUAUUAUGGAUGGGUGUUCUUUGUUGGGUUCGCAUUGUUACAAGUUGUUGCUGCCGAAGAUGAGAUGAGGCCUGCCCGCCUCCCCUACCCGUCUCGGGAGCUUAUCGAAGAAAUCAGCAAAAGAUUCAUCGAAGAGGGAAAUUAUGAAAAAUCCGAGGCCGAAAAUACGGUAGAUGGAGAGCACGAAGAAGACUAUCAAGAAGCUUACGAGGAAGAGGCUGAAGAAAAACCACAAAGAGGAGCCUCUGUUCAAUUUUUCAAAGCAGAGCCUGUCUACACGCCUGUGGUCAUCAAAAAGGAGCCAAAAAGAAAACAACUCGUCACCCGCCAAGCAGUUCCACGACCAUUGAUGCAGCGUCCUCCAGUAGUUCUGCAAUACCAAGCUCAAGUGCAAGCAGUUCAACAAGCUCAGCCUGUGCAGCAAGUACAGUAUUAUCAGCCCCAGUAUUACCAACCUCAGCCGCAGCAACAACCCCAGUACCAGCAGCCUCAGUACCAACAAUACUAUCAACAGCCACCACCGGUGCAGCAGGCCUAUUAUAACUACCAAAACCAGCAAUCACCCUACGGACUGCAGCCACAGCCACAACCGCAACAACAGCCGAUACAGUACGCCGGCUACAACACCUACUAUUACCAAGGA